CCGUGGAGGUCAGUCACAGGAGUUUCUCCAUCUAUUCACAUUGUCUCAUGAUGGUUGGGUUCUAGCUCACGCAACGACGACGACGGAACCCUUGUUACCGUUACGCCCAUGCUGACAGUCCCACUAGUGACUUUUUCAGUGUCCUUGUUCGGUAAAGGCUCAUUCUGAAUCAUAAUGUUUAAUCCCAGUGGCGAAGUACUACACCCUCGAUUCCUGGCUCGAAUCUCGGAUACUGUACAAUGGCUCAAAUAAUGAUAGGGGCUCUGUGCCGAUCAGAGAUGCAGGUGAAGAUGCUGUAUUUAAGAGAUAGUAGCGCUCAUUCCUGUUUCAUUCGUUAUAUCUCUCGAUUUUUAAUUCUCGCCAGUCACGUGACCCAUCAUGAUCGCGUCAACAUCAACUAUUGUUGCUACAUGCCAACAGACGAGGUUUCAUCUCCUAGCAGACAGAAGAUCAUCCGAGGUGGCCAUACAGAAGCUCAACCUUUCCAUUAUCCCAAAAUGCGCCUCUGUUGGGACUCGUGCCAAGACUGCGAAAAUCAAGGACAAAUCGGCCCCGGCUCUUGACAUAUUGGUUGAUGCAGACUUGAAAUUAAAAUCCGGAGUCCACUAUGGUCUUUUGGGUCGCAAUGGAACCGGCAAAUCCACUUUGCUGCACGCAAUGGCUGCAAAGCUUAUCCCAGGGUUAUCUUCCGCCACGAAGAUAGCUUUGCUACAACAAUAUGUGUCGGACAGGCAGACGAAAUCAGGGCCAUCCGCACGGAUCACUUUUAAUGGAUCCACAGGCCCAUCCAUGCAGCACAACGCCUUAGAAUACGUGAUCCAGAGCAAUACGACCAAGAUCGAUAUCGAAUCGAAGCUAGACACGCUCCGGGCUGCGGAGGAAGGGCUAGACGAGCGGUCCCAGCUCAAAGCAUAUCAUAUGCUACGCUAUCACGAACUGCAAGCUGCUCUUACAGAAUCACGUAAGAAUGCUACUCUUAGGAGUGGCUCUCGAGGCUCGGAAGCUCGAAAGGAACUUCUCGCUCUGGAAAAGACUGUCGCAGAAUAUGGUAAGGAGAUUGAUUCUGAAGAACCAUCCCUUCACUCAGUCGAAUGCCAGCAUGAACUCGAAAAAGCGGCCGAGAGAAUAGCAGAACUUCAAUCCCAGCUUGACGAGAUAAAGACUGCUGAUAUUGAUAGCAAAGCGCUCGAUAUGUUAACUGCACUCGGGUUUUCCAACAAGGAACUUCAGACUCCGGUCGUGAACCUAUCGGGUGGGUGGCAAAUGCGAUGCCUUCUGGCCAGCGUGCUCCUCCAGGACGCUGAUAUCAUAAUUCUGGAUGAACCAACUAACUUCCUGGAUAUGCUUGGUAUCAUCUGGUUACAAAGGUAUUUGAUCAGUAUACGGUUUCGGUCAACGCGUACGUUUGUGAUUGUAUCGCAUGAUCGAGAUUUUAUGGAUAGCAUAUGUGAAGAGGUGAUUGUCCUCAAGGAUCAAUCUCUACUAUACUUCGAUGGUAAUAUAACCGAGUACGAACAUGAUCUUAGGUCGAGGAGAAAGUAUCUCACGUCCAUGAAUGAUGCCCAGGAUCGCCAGAAAGCGCACAUGUCGAAGACAAUUUCUCAAAACAUAAGAGCCGGAAAAAAGUCUGGUGAUGACAAUAAACUACGACAGGCGGCUUCACGGCAGAAGCGACUCGAUGAGAGAUCUGGUAUGCAAGUCAAUGCUAAAGGUGGUCGGUUCAAGUUGAAUCGUGAUCUUGCGGGAUACCAUCUAAGCAAUCGACGAGAAAUCGAUAUCCCGCCGGAAGAAAGGACAACGAGCAUAUUACUACCUCAACCACGUGAACUUCGGUUUCCUGGGCCACUGGUGUCCCUUCAGAAUGUUUCAUUCUCUUACACGUCGAACAAAGAUUUCAUUCUUCGUGAUAUUAACCUCAAUAUACAUAUCGGUUCACGUACUGGAGUAAUAGGCCUCAAUGGUUCGGGUAAAACCACCCUGAUUCGACUCAUUACAAAUCGAAUCAAGCCAAAAUCAGGCACAAGCACUUACCAUCCUCGCCUCAAGAUCGGACACUACUCCCAGCCCAUAGUUGAAGAGCUACGUGCUGAAGGACAGAAUUGCCCCGAGCUGACGUCACUCGCGAAACUGGCAUCUGUGUCUGCCGAGGUAAUGGAUGAAAGUGAUAUGCGUGCACUGCUUGGUUCGUUCGGAUUGCCUGGGCGUCUUGCCUCUGAGGUCCCCGUUGCAAAUCUGUCUGGAGGGCAACUGGUGCGACUUGCCCUUGCAUGCAUCGUUUGGGACCAUCCACAUUUACUGGUCCUAGAUGAAGUUACAACUCAUCUGGAUCUUUAUACAGUCAAAGCUUUAAGCAAAGCACUACAGUCUUUCAGUGGCGCGGUGAUACUAGUCACUCACGAUCGUUUUAUGAUGAAAGCGGUGAUUGAAGGUGACAAAUCCCUAGGCUCGAGUGAUAUUGAUGACAUGUCCAGCGACGAUGAGGGAAAACCGCGAACAGCUCGUGCUACUUAUGCCCUCAAGAAUGCAAAUUUGAUGAUACAAGAGUCUGGGGUCUGGCAAUUUGAGCAGAGCCUAGGACCGCGACUAGAUAAGCUAUUCGUGUAAUAUGUUAAAUAAGUCCAGAAAUAUAACCUUAAAAGUAUUAUAUAUACAGACG